AUGGAUAUGCCACAGGCCGCUCCCCUCUCUUACUACCAGUGCGAGAUCUCGGCCAGACAUCGCCUUCCAGUUGUCCAUCCUUUACCAUUACGGUUCAUACCUCAGCCUAAUCCUUACAUAAUUGGCGCAACACAUUUCUUCCCAUUCUCCUACCCAUUACGAACUGUAUCUGGACCUCAUGUGGAACCUAAGUCCCACACUCGAGUGCGAUUCACCGCCGAACAGUUGGAGAUUCUAGAACAGCAGUUCGAGGAGAACCAUUACCCAGGUAGAGUGGACCGGGAGUAUCUCUCACAACAACUCUGCCUUACCGAGGCCAAUGUCCGGGUGUGGUUUCAGAACCGGAGAGCCCGUCUUCGACGAAGUAAUAAAUGUUCUGACCUUCGGGUUACCGGACAAAACAUCAAGAAACAAUCUUCUCCUUUGGUGAUGCCCACCCCACUGACACAAAGUCCUGAGCGCAAAUGCCAGCUUGACCUGAAUGUCGUAAGUCCAUCUCAUUUAGCACGUCCACCUGUUCCCUUUUCCCCGUUGUUUUCACCCGGAUGCAGUCCUAGUUUUAGUCGAAUGUUCAAAUUCCCCCCGACAUCUGAUUUGGAUAGAACUUCUGCUCACUGCUAUUCUGCUGCGGCUUUCCCAGACAAAGGAAUCGAUGAUGGCCGAUGUACAACCUACGCCUCUUCCCAUUCUGUGUCUGACAUGAAGACCAUGGAGUCAAGAUAG